AUGGCUGACACUGCUGUACCAGCGGUCAAUGACGAUGCUACACCAGGGGUCGUCCCCAAUGGCGAGACCGCCGCGCCGGUGACGCACGGCGCCAACGACCGCUUCGAGCUCAUCUCCGGCCCACUAAUCAAUCUCAAGAACAUGCACUAUGAGACCUCCCCAGUCUGGCAUGGCAGUGUGUUGAUUGUCACCAAGCCCGGCCAGGACCAGCCCCAGCUACACCUGCGCCAGCUCGGCCCCGUCACGUCCGAGGGACAAGCCCCCCAAUCCCAAACAAAUCAAACGGUCGAGGGUGUGAAACUCUACCAGGACCUCCAGAAGGCAUUCUGGCGCUUUACGCUGUCCGUGCCGGUGGAGUCUUACGAGGCGCGCUGGGAAUAUGAUAUCCCGGGCCUUUACAACCAGUCCGGCGAGCAGGUCCAGGCACCGUGGGCCUUCGUGGUGCCCGCGGCGGACCAGUCAAUGCGCAUUAUGUUCCACUCCUGCAAUGGCUUCUCUGUCGGCACCGACAUGGAUGCCUGGUUGGGCCCCAACCUGUGGAACGACGUUCUGCGUAUCCACGGUGAGAGGCCCUUCCACGUUAUGGUCGGCGGUGGUGACCAGAUCUACAAUGACGGGAUCCGCGUGGACGGGCCCCUCAAGGCGUGGACAGCCAUUAGCAACCCGCACAAGCGCCGCACUCACGAUUUCAACGACAAAAUGCGCGCCGACUGCGACGACUACUACUAUGCCAACUACGUCCGCUGGUACAACACCGAGCCCUUCCGCGCCGCCAAUGGCCGCAUUCCGCAGGUCAAUAUCUGGGAUGACCACGAUAUCAUUGAUGGCUUCGGGUCCUACACGGACCAUUUCAUGAAGUGCGCCGUCUUCCGCGGUAUCGGCGGCGUUGCGUUCAAGUACUACUGCCUGUUCCAGCACCAUAUUGCUCCGCCCAAGUCAACCUUUACCACCGAUGCGCCCCAGACCAUGCACGCGGUGGAUGGCACCGCCGGCACGGACCCGCGCCAGGUGGAGAACACCUACGUCCUCGCGGACCAACCCACCGAUGAUAGCUGGAUCAUGGGUAAGCGACCGGGACCGUACGUGGAGGAGUGCAGCCGCAGUUUGUACAUGCGCUUCGGCAAGCGCAUCGGUUUUGUCGGUCUAGAUGCCCGUACCGAGCGCACCCGCCACCAGGUCAACUACCCCGACACAUACGACCUGAUCUUCCAGCGGCUGCAGCGCGAGAUCGUGGCCGCCAACGGCGACCUCAAGCACCUGAUCGUGCUGCUAGGCGUCCCGAUCGCCUACCCGCGCCUCGCCUGGCUCGAGAACAUCCUCACCUCCCCGAUUAUCGCGCCGAUCCGCCUGCUGAACAAGCGCUUCGGCAUGGCAGGCGGUCUCUUCAACGAAUUCGACGGACAGGUCGAUCUGCUGGACGACCUGGACGACCACUACACGGCGCGGCAGCACAAGCGCGAGCGCAAGAUGCUCACCCAGCGAUUGCAGGAGCUCGCGCGCGCGCACUCCAUCCGUGUGACCAUCCUCAGCGGCGACGUGCACCUCGCCGCCAUCGGCCGCUUCUACUCGCACCCGAAGCUCAAACUCGCCGGCGAGAAUGAUCACCGCUUCAUUGUCAACGUUGUCAGCUCCGCCAUCACCAACAAGCCCCCGCCCAAGGCCGUCGCCAACCUGCUGGCCCGCCGCAAUAAGAUCCACCAUCUCGACCGCGACUGCGACGAGACCCUCAUGCCAUUCUUCGACAAGCAGCCCGGCGGCGUCGAGAAAAGUGCCAUCUGGAACAAGGUCACCAUGCCGUCGCGCAACUUCGCCACGCUGACAGAGGUCGUGGCGCCCAUUGCGAACGGCGAUGGCCCCGCGGCGGAGACCGCGAACCUCGACCGUCUGCCGAAGGACGGCCAUGCACCCCUGCACAAGGGCGAGGUCCAGGCUGGCUCGACGCAUCGCGCGGCUGAUGGCUUUAGCACCGAGAGCGGCAUGUACGGGGGGUCUAGAUGUGGCCGUUCGCGUGGAGAUUGA